AUGAUAACUCCCACCGUGAUCACACUCGAAACCCUCCCCACGCUUCUCGCCGACGACAUCAAGGUAAAAGUCGCCGGUAUCGACAGCGAUGGCGUGUUACGUGGCAAAGUCAUGGCCAAAGAGAAAUUCCUUGCCAUUGCAGAAGAAGGAUUCGGAUUCAGCUCUGCUGUGUUUGGCUGGGAUAUGCACGACAUGCUCUGGACGACGGACGCCCGCAUCGCACCCCCAGAGUCUGGAUACGCAGAUUUUCUGGCUGUUCCUGACCUGAAUUCGUUUCGGCGUCUCUCGUGGGAAGAGAAUAUCCCUUUCUUUCUCGUCCAGUUUCUGGGUGAUGGGAAAUCGGUCUCGGCGGAUGGACGGGGAAUGCUGAAAGGGCUGGUAGAUCGGCUUGCCGCGGAGGGGUGUCAUGCCCUGGCAGGAGUCGAGCUUGAGUUCAUGAAUUUCCAGACCCCGUCUGAGGAUGGGUAUGGCAGUGCAUCAAAACACCCCGACCUUGCCACGUUCCUGGAGAAGAAUGCUCCCAGUGCGCUGAGGCCAUUGACGGCUGGUAUGUUCUGCUACAGUUCCACACGUCCGGUUGCCAAUAAGAGGUAUUUUUAUGAUAUCUUCAACACCUGCGCGCAGCUCAACUGCGGCAUUGAGGGUUGGCACACCGAGGGCGGGCCUGGUGUAUACGAAGCAGCGUUGAAAGUCAGUGAAAUCAGCCAAAUGGCCGAUAAAGUCGCACUGUUCAAAUUGCUAGCAAAGUCACUCGGAGUCGACCACGGCGUCACGCCCUGCUUCAUGGCCAAACCAAUGCAGGGACUCGCGGGUAGCUCUGGACACAUCCACAUCUCCCUUACUGACAACCACGGCCAAAAUCUGUUCUCACGCGAGAAUCCCGAGACAAAUCCACAGUGGGCUGACAUCGCGCACCUCUCCGACAUGGGCCGACAUUUCCUGGCAGGACUUCUUAAAGCGCUUCCAGAUAUCAUGCCGCUCCUUGCCCCCACAGUUAACUCCUACAAGCGUCUCAUCGAGAACUAUUGGGCGCCAGUGCAUAUCAGCUGGGGCUUCGAAGACCGCGGUGCGUCUAUUCGCCUCAUCACGCCCCCGGUGUGUAAACCUGGAGCGAUGCGAUUUGAGGUCCGCAUACCUGGAGCGGAUUUACAUCCACACUAUGCGCUCAGUGCUAUUCUUGCUGCGGGCUGGCGAGGCGUGCAGAAAAAGCUCGAGAUUUCUGUGGCACGAUUUGCUGCUAAGGAUAGCGUUGCAAGAGAGAUUCUGGAUUCGGAGUUUGUUGACUUCUUUGCGGCGACAAGACAGCAUGAGUUGGGGCUCUGGAGGGAGGCUGUGACUGAUUGGGAGCUGAACCGUGAGUCUGAACUAGAUACGACAUCACUCGCUGAGGAUAUCGAAUAG